GAAAAUUUUCCGCGGUUUUGUAAGAUAUCAUUGUAAACUUGUCAUAGUGAUAACGGCACUGAAUGCAUAAUAUAUCUUUGUUAAUCGCUCAGUUGUGAACCAGAAAACCAUAACCAAGUGUGUUUACUACAGCAAUUUUACUAGUCGCUUUUAUCGAAUUCGUACGAGUGGGUGUUUCUUUGAUGAUGGUUUACGAAACCCAUUGUAUGUUAAAUAGAUAAUUAUGGUAAACUCUGCGCAUUAUGAAAUAACCGGCCCAAAGCCUUUUUAGGAAAAUAUGAUAUCAACUAAUUGCUUCGCAGCUUUAAAAACACCAUACCUGCGUAUUUACCUGCCAUUAAAUUUUUGUUGAGGGAGCGUUAUUCAUUAUAUCAUCAUUAUUAGUGUGCGGACUAAAAUUUAGAAGUUUGUGAUGAAUCUAAAAAGCGCCGUUAAUUUAUGUAUAGUAGCCUGCAUUUUGGGUAUAUGCGGUGCCCAAAGAUAUGAGCAACAACAUAAUCAACGUGUAAGUAAAGCCGAUAGUGAAAACUCCAAAUUUGCCGGGGCCUUUAAUCAGGAGAUUAAUACGCCAACGGACAGAAGCCUUUAUUUAAAGAAACGCAAAUUGCGGAGGCGUUUGCACUCAUUGAUAAAUCCUUGCUAUUCAAAUGGACGCAACACCCCGCAAGGUGGGGGUCGUUUUUUGUGGGAUGUAAAUGUUUACAAUAUAUAUCCUCAAAGUGGGGGAAUUUUAGGUUGUUAUGAUCGACCUUACACGAGCAACGACAUCUUAGGAGAUUCUGGGAUAACCUCAGGCGCCACUGCAUUGGGCAACUUUGUAAGGUUAUUUGCUCCGGGUGUAUUGCAGAAUCCUCUGUCCGAAGUAGCGCGUCCUCAAUAUCAAGAUAAUGCCGUACCUACGAGCCUUAAUGAAUUUCAAUAUGAUGAUUACAAUGUUGACGCUAACGUCGAUCCAAAUUAUCGCCCAUAUCCUUCGCGCCAGCCUCCUACAAGGCGACCUAACCAAGUUUUUUAUGAUUCAACUGGGGCUCCAACCGUGACCCCAGCCUUUUUGGUUGGUAGUGUGGCCAGUACGGUUAACGGUAUCAUACAGCAAUUGACCGGUAACGUUCAGCCAGUUUAUCCUUCUUAUAGACGUACAACACCAUUUGGUUAAAUUUAAGCAAAUAUUUUUACAAUCUAAUUUUGUAACUGUCGACGAAAUAUGAUGUUUACCAUCACCCUCAGAAACACCAGAAAUCCCAGAAUUGUAUAAAUAUCCUCGAUCACGUUCAACGAGGUGCAGAGUUAUAUUGGAUUAUUCGUUCACCACUUUUACGUCCGAAUCCGCCCAUUGAAUUGAUCAAGGAAGCCUAAUAUUGUUUAGCUCCGAAAUUUUAAUUGGUGAUAUCUAUAUGAAUAGGGGUUUAUUACCAGCUUUCAAGCCCAUUUUUCUUAUUGCACUUUCUUUUCUUUUUCUUUUAUUUUUCUUAUUAUACUAUGAUAAGCAAUAAUAUCUGUAACUUUUUAAUGAUGUUAUAAAAGAAAGACGUUUAAUUAAUGCCCUCAGUUAAUAUAAAUAUUAUAUGUUUAAACAAAAAGUUGAAAAUGUGAAUUGAAGGCUUAACAUUCACCGUGCAUGUGAAUGUGUUCAAUGAUUUAUUAAUAAGGUUUUUUUUUAAAAUUAUUUUUGAGUAGAUCUUGCCUACACGUAUUCAACCAAAGAAAUGACCUCCCCCACCAUAAGAGCCGCUUUCGUGAUGAUGUUGCGUAUAAUGACCGUCAAAUUGAUUGGCGUACCCAUGUCCAUAACCAUAACCUGGGUAACGUGGAUUAGUGUGGUAGCCGUUUAGAUAAUUCUGGUAUGGAUUCUGAUAACUUUGAUAACCAGGAUAAGCACCGAAGUUGCUUAUCCCAGAUGUGUAAUAAGAAAACGGGCGGUAAUAUCCAUUGGAUGCGUACCCAUGGCCAUUCCCGUAAUUCCCAUAAUCGUUGUAAAGAUUACUGUGAAGUCCAAAAGAUGUAGAAAAACCUAUACCAAGACCGCCGCCCGGACCGAAAGAGCCGAAAGUUUUAGGUUUUAUUUUAAGCGGUAUAGAUAACGUACAUUCUAUGGCAAUUAACAAAAUCAGGAUAAGGGUCUGUAAGUGUAUGAUUAAAUUUUUUUGUAGUAUAACCCAGAAAACUUGUUUCUAAACUUACGAUGUUCAUUAUAUGUAUAUAUGUUCACUUUUUUUUUGAAGUUUCAUUCAAAAUAACUGAACUACAACUGCGA